AUGCUCAGGACCCUCGGGCUGGCCCUGCUGCCUCUGCUCAGCACCGUGGGCUCCGGCCAGGCCAGCGGCUUCACAGACAAAGGCCUGUCCUUGCUGAGCUACCAGCUGUGCAACUACAGCGUGACCCAGAAUGUCCAGAAGGUGGAGGCCAUCCGGCUGUCCCACGUGACCUACGCCCCCUGCGGUGGGUGGAUCCCCUGGAGGCGGUGCCCCAAGACCAUUUACAAGACCCGGUACCUGGCCGUGGACGUCCCCGAGCCCAGGAACGUGACCGACUGCUGCCAGGGCUACGAGCAGCUGGGCCUCUACUGCGUCCUGCCCCUGAAUCGGUCUGGGGAGUUUGCAUCCAGACCCGGCGUCUGCCCGAAGGAGGGGCAGGAAGCAUCCACCUCGCCAUGUACCCUGGACGCCGACUGCCCCGGACUCCAGAAAUGCUGUUCCUUUUCGUGGGGCCACCGCUGUGCGGCCCCUGCGCCCCAAGCUCCAGAGGGCACUUGGGAGCAUUCCUGGUACAACGUGACCGUCCUGGUGAAAAUGGACUUCAGGGAACUCCAGCAGGUGGACGCCAGGCUCCUGGAUCACAUGCGGCUGCUGCACUCCAUGGUGACCAGCGCCCUGCGGCCAGUGGAUGCCGCCGUCUACCACCUGCACUCGGCCUGCGGGGACACCUCGACCACGGUGUCCCGGCUACUGCUGGGCCUGCCGCGGCCGGUGCCCGUGGCCAACGUGUCCGCGGUGUUGGACGGCAUCGUGAAGCGUGUCUACGAGGUGAUCAACAUCCAGGUGCAAGAUGUGGAUGAGUGUUUGCAUGAGGAACUCAACGCCUGCUCGGGAAGGGAACUGUGUUUAAACACGGAGGGCUCCUACCAGUGUGUCCACCAGCCAGAGGAGCCGGCCUCGUCCCCCCAGAAGCUGGACGGCACGUGUGAAGACGGCCCUCCCAUCACAGACUACACGGUCCUCAAUGUCACCAGCAGCAGCUUUCAGGUGUCCUGGGGCUUCCAUUCCACUCGGAGCCGCACCUUCCAUGUGCAGGUUUCCAGGGGCGAGGAGCCGCUCAGGAGCGCCAGGACCCAGGCGACGGCCCUGGAGGUGACGGGGCUGGAGGCCGGGGUGCUGUAUGGGGUGAAGACCAGCUACCAGGCGUGCGGGACCAACGUCACCGCCACGCUGACUGUCAGAACCGAGGCCCGUGUGUUCGGCAUCACAGUGAGGAUCCUGGACCGCAACAUGACGGAGCCGCUGCUGGACCGAGGCAGCCCUGAGCACCGGGACUUCUCCCGGCAGCUGCUCCAGGAGGUGGAGAGCGCCUUCCCGCCGGCGGUGUUGGACCUGUGCAGGCGGGGGAAGCUGCGGCUGCAGAUCGAGUCCCUCCAGGCCGGCAGCCUGGUGGUGAAGCUCAGAGUGACGGUGCAGGACCCCGAGUUCCCAGUGGGGGUCUCCACGCUGGCCCCCAUGCUCCCGCGGCUGUGGGCCAGCAGAGUGUUCCAGAUCGACCCGAGGGGGACGCUGGUGCAAGACUGGGACGAGUGUGCCGACAGCCUGGAGCACGACUGCUCGCCAGCCGCCCAGUGCAUCAACCUCGAGGGCUCCUACACCUGCCGCUGCCUCACGGCCAAGGACGCCAACCCGGCCCGCGCUGGCCGGGCCUGCGUGGGUGACGUGGUGAGCUCCGUGGAAGGUGCGCCAUCCCUGGCUACAAGGGUAACGGCCCCGGCUGUCGGCACGGAAACAACGGCCCCUGGCCUGGUGACCCCUGCCGUGUCACCCAGCCCCGGGCACGCGUGGGGCACCCCUGCCGCAGGCCAGGCCCAGACCCCAGGGCCCCCGCCCAGGAGAGGGGACGGCGGCGUGGUCGGGCAGGACAGGAACAACACAGGGCAUGGCGUGGAGGAGGUGGCACCCAGUGAGGCCCCAGGUCCGGGGACGGCCAGCGGGGUUCCUGGGCCAACCCGCGGCUCCCUGCCCGGGCCCGGGGACGGCCUGUUGGAGGCGUCCGGAUGGCCACUGAGAAACUCCACCGCAGAGCCGCACGCCCGGCCCAGCCCCGCCGGGGGCCCUGCUGGCCACGUGUGGCACACCAGCCUCCCCACACGGGGCACAUCGCCUGUACCGCUGGGCCCUACGUGGCCACAGAGCACGGACCAUGGACACUCCGGCUCCCCAGACCUGCCCUUGGCCUCCACCCCCACGUCUCUGAAGACCCCGGCCUGCGUUCCCGCCCCCAUCGAGAGGGCCACUGUCUCCAAUGUCACCAGCACCGGCUUUCACGUGGCGUGGGUGACAGACCUCACCCUGCGCCCCACGUUCCAGCUCACGCUGAUGUCCACGCGGAGCCCCGCCGUGCACCUGGAGACCCAGAACACGAGUCUGCAGCUGUGGGGCCUGGAGCCCGGUGUCUUGCAUCUGGUGGAGAUAGUGGCCAAGGCAUGUGGGGAAGAAAGCGCCAGGGCACGCCUGAAAGUGCGGACAGCCGCCCAGAAGCUCAGCGGGAAGGUCAGAAUAGCCAACGUCAGGUACUCCGAGUCCUUCCGCAACGCCAGCAGCGAGGAAUCCCGGGAUUUCCUGGAGAUCUUCUUCAGGAUGGUGCGGGAGUCCCUGCCGCCCGCCAUGCGCCAGCACCUGGACGCGGGCGGGGUGCGGCUGGAGGUGACCCGCCUCGCCAAUGGCAGCGUCGUGGUGGAGUUCGGCCUGCUGAUCGUCGCCGACCUGGAGGCCCAGGCGGUGUCCGCCGCGUUCCUCGCCGCCUUCCAGAACACCUCUCUGCUGGAGGUGGUCGCAGGGGACACCUUCAUCUGGGACUUCGAUGAGUGUGAGAGGAGGGAGGACGACUGCGAACCCGGCACCGCCUGUCGCAACACGCUUGGCUCUUUCACUUGCAGCUGUGGGGGAGCUGCCCCAGCCUUCCCUGUGGAAUUUUCUGGAAGGCCCUGUGAAGGUGACUCCUCCGAUAACAUGACCCAGGCACCCGGGUCUUCCCGGGGCCCCGGCCCAGAGCAGCCCCCCACCCCGGCAGCAACCAGGGCUGCCUCCGUGCAAGGGGCCAGCCCCGGCCCCCCGGAGCCGCCCCCGCGGCUGAACCUGACGGGGGCGGUCAGGGUGCUCUGUGAGAUCGAGAAGGUGGCCAUCGCCGUGGAGCGGCGCUUCCUGCAGCAGGAGGCCAUCCCCGAGGCCUCCCUGUACCUGGGCCAGCCGUCCUGCAACGUGAGCGACAGUAACAGCACGCACGUGUUCCUGGUGGCCGCGUGGAGUGAGUGCGGCACCCUCGUGCAGAGCAACAUGACGGACACGGUGGUGAGGACCACGCUGAGGAACGACCUGUCCCCCGAGGGCAUCAUCCACCACCUGAAGAUCCUGAGCCCCAUCCGCUGUGCCUUCCGCAAUGACCUCCUGACGUCAUCGGGCUACACCCCAGAGUGGGGGGUUUACACCAUCAUUGAGGACCUCCAUGGCGCUGGGAACUUCGUCACGGAAAUGCAGCUGUUUAUCGGGGACUCCCCCAUACCUCGGAAUUACAGCGUGUCCGCCAGCGAUGACAUCAAGAUCGAGGUGGGGCUCUAUAAACAGAAAAGCAACCUCAAGGUGGUCCUGACCGAGUGCUGGGCAACGCCGUCCAGCAACGCCCGGGACCCGGUCACGUUUGGCUUCAUCAACAACAGCUGCCCCAUCCCCAACACACAUACCUACGUGAUUGAGAAUGGAGACUCCAACAAGGCCCAGUUUAAGCUGAAAAUUUUUUCCUUCAUCAACAACUCCAUAGUCUACCUGCACUGCAAACUCCGCAUCUGCAUGGAGACCCCCGGAGCCACGUGCAAAAUCAAUUGCAAUGACUUUCGGUCGCUGAGAAGCGGUGAACCAUCGGAAACACACCAGAUGUCCUGGGGACCCCUCAUUCGGUCUGACGGUGAGUCUCCAGAUGUGCAGCCAGGCCUGGCCCCCGGCUACAUCGUCCUCAUUGUGGUGGCCGUCUUUGCCGUGGUGACAGGGGUCGCUGCCCUUCUCAUUAUGCGCUACCAGAGGACCACCGGGAAGUACAACUUCAAAACCCAGCCGGACGACUUCAGCUACCAGGUGUUCCAGGACUAG